UAGGUAAAAAUUCCAGGGUGGUUUGUAGUCCCCCCUGAAAAAUCCCUUUUUGCGUGCGAUUCUAGUCAAUCCCGUGCUAAAAGUGCGCUGAAUUCUCGGUAUUGUGCAGGUGUUGCUAGGACCAUCAACAGGGUAUCCUCCUGGGUUAGUGCAGAGGGACAGAAUAGGGUAAAAUAAGUGAAUGUGUAUAUAGUAUGGGCUGCAUAAAUAGCAAAAGAGACAUCAAUGACACUCAGCCCAAUGUUUUUCGUGUGAUUAAUAUCAAUGAAGAUGGUUUGGAGCUCUGGUCAGGAGACAUUGAAGUCAAUUGGACUAAUUUGAUACUGUACCGGAAGGGUAAGCAGCCCACACUGUGGCCUUUGCGAUGCCUCAGGAGAUAUGGCUACGAUGGGGAUGUCUUCUGCUUUGAGGCUGGCAGGAGAUGUUUGACUGGAGAGGGAAUUUAUUCCUUUCGUUGCCGCAGAGCUGAGAAUCUGUUCAAUCUGCUGCAGACACAUAUAGAGGGGAAUACGUACAAUGCUGGAGAGGAUGGGGUGGGUGCGCAAGAGGGACAGAUGGGGAGCAAUAGACAUUCAACAUUGUCCACGGGAAGUGCUCCAAGGCCAAAUAGUGGAGUACUGACCAGUAGUUACAUCAUCGGACGCACGGAAGUCACUUCGCCCAGUCAAGUUGUAUCUCCCAAUGGAACCAUUCACUCAAUCUCUGUCCAGAGCCGGAGUUCAGAUACCCUGACAGAAGGGAAUUAUCUAGAACCAACGCCAAUCCGGCAGCAAGCCCCUGUGUUUCCAUCUGGAAUGCGCCUGGGUUCAGUGGGCAGUGGUCCAAUUAGUCCAGAUCUAACUUCUCCCGGAUCCCCCAACAGUAUUACCAACAUCCUCGAAGUCACCACCCUCAAUCCCCUGCCCAGCACUCAAGCCCAUCACGGCGGUGGCGUCAGCAAUGUCUAUCAGGAAUUCCCGCUGAGGGAACACAACAACAACAAAAAGCUCUCCCUGGAUGUCCCGCCACAGGAAAAUGCUCCAGCUGAACCACUCAGCGAUGACUGCCUUGAAACAUCUCCCAGUCGAAUUCCUGACUUGCUCUCGCAGAAGAGUAUCUGCUCUCCAACAGCUUCCGUGGAUCUCGACACAUCCCACAUGUACAUGAACAUUGCUCCUGGCGAGAUGAAAAUCACAAAAUCCCUCAGCAAUCCCACCCAAAUCGAAAGUGGCAGUGACAAUUCCAUGACUCCCACUUCCACAUCCCUCUUUCGAUUCUCCCGGAUGAAUUCCUACGGGGCAGAUCCCGAGCGGUGCUAUGAGAAUCUCAAUCCCAGCGAGAUGAAGCCCCUCCUCAAUCGCUUUGUCAAAUCCACUCCAGCUGAUGCUGGGAUUGUCUCCGAGCCAGGAACUCCAACAUCCGACAAUCGUGUCGUCAACUACAUCGUCCUGGAUCUCGAUCAGUCGCCCAGUACAGCUGCAGUGGCAUGCACAACGCCCGGAACGACAAAUCCGGACACAACAGGAGCCAUUGCAAGUCUCCUGCCGCCCGAGAGCCCCAAGAAGGCGGCUCUGGGCUAUGCCACAAUUGACUUCAACAAGACAGCUGCUCUGUCCAAUUCAACAACUCCGUCUUCCGAGCUCGACAGUGAGGGAGCCACCAGGAAAACAAGGCACAGCUCCAGCAUAGUCGUGACCAGGCAGAGCAACUCCAUUAGUGAUUGAAAGCAGAGGGAAUCCCUGCCAAACGCGCAAAAAAGGCCAAACUAUAGAAUUACACAUCGAACUGCCCAGAGACCCUAGAUCAAGGAGUUAUAUCCUAAAAAGAAAGAAACUAUGUCUCCUUUUUCUUCUCUGGGAAUUUAGAAAAAAAAAGAAAACAUCAUUAAGAAAGUUUUACACUAAAAAUGAAAUUUUUGUGAUUUUUUAUAUAUAUCUAUAAAGAGAGAAGAAAACGAUUAGAGAAAAAAAAUUAAGGAUCCUAAUUUAAUAAUAUAUAAAACAAAAUAAAAAAAGAAAAUAUUUAAUCAUGAUGGUGUCACGAUAUGAUAGAAAAAAAUGAUAUUUUUUCAAACUAGAAGAGAAGAACUAUUUAGAAAUGGUAUGAAUAAAAAAAAAGAAACAGUGAACGUUUAUUGAAAUCAGUUAUAAAUAAUAAAAUGAGGAAAAAUAAAUGGAGAACAAGGAAUAAGAAACAAUACAGUAAAAAUAUGAAACGAACGCCAAAGUUUUAAUACCCAAAGUAAAAUAUUUAGGAUUUUUAUUUGAUACAAAUAUAUCGUUAUUUGUUACAAGCAUAUUUUUGUAUUAUAAACAAUUUUUGUCACAAUUAUAUUAGAAAAAAAAGAAAUUAUUGAAAAAUUUUGGAAAUCGAGAUUUUUUGCUGAGCAUUAAAUUAAAAAAGAAAUUGAUUAACAAUUUUCUUCCUACUUUUCAGCAAUGAUAAAUUCAAAUUCUUUCGUUUUCUUUCACGUGCAGCUAAUAAAUAAAAAAAAUAAUAAUGUUAAGAGAGAGAGAAAUGAAAUACUUUUUUUUUCAAGGAGUUUUAAUCAUCUUCCGUUUUUUUUAUUAAUUACUGAGUUAAGUAAAAAAAAAAUAAAAAUUACUGUAAUAAGAUGUAAGAAAUAAAAAUUAUACAUUGUUUGAUGAUUAAAAUGACUUUUUUAUUUAUUUUUUUUUCCUUUUUUUGAGAGAUAAAAACUUUUCUUUAUUUUGUUCUAAAGGAAAGAAAAACCCUUUAGAAAAGAUUAGACUAGAGUGAUUUUUUUUCAGGUUAAAUUCUACAGUUUUCUUUUUUUUAAUUUAAUUUGCUUUAUAAAUUUCUAUGUUUCGUAAUUCGAUUAAUUGGUGAUUUCUUUUACUUCACUGUGAAAUUCUCUCACACAAAAAUGCAGAGACAUCUUCCCAAGGAAUAUUUUCGGUUUAUUUAUUUAUUUUUUUCAUGGGAAAUCUUCUCGCUUUCACACUUUUGCCCCCAGGACAGAAAGGAAUCACAUCUCAUUCGUGCUCAUCUGAAUCAUCAAUCACGUAUACAAUAUCCGUGAAAGCGCCAGAUUUGUAGAGUUGCAAAUGUUUUUCCCCAUCAAAGCGAUUUUUCUCAUCAUCCAAGUUCUGCAAGAAAAAUAUCGCAUGAAAUCACUUUCCAAUUUUGCAUUUUUCUCAAUUUAAAAAAAAAAUGGAUUAAUUUCGAAAUUAUUUACCUGAGAAAAUGAAUGUGGGAAAAAUUUGUCACGCAGAAGGAAGAGGUAAUUAGUGUGAGAAAGGCACUUCAAUAUAAGUUCUUAAGCAAAGAAAAUCCAUUCAUUUUAUUUUAUAGGUUAUUCAACGUUUUUCCGAAUUCCAUCAUUGAAAUUUUCCACACUUUUUCUUUCCAUUUUUAUAAAGAACAUCAAUCACAGGCCAACAAAUACUUGCUUUUCAUUCAUUAUUAAGCUUCACAGUUUUAUUUGGGGUUUAUCAACAAAGAGAAGAAAAAAACAGUUAAUAAUAUUGAGGAAAAAAUUAAAAGAAAUGCAAGAGUUAUAACAAAUUAAAAGUAAGGUUAGAACAAAGGGUUAAUAUCCGGCAAUUUCGAGAUAAAAAUAAUCCUUCGAAAAUCUUAAAACAAUUUUAAAAAUCUUUCAAAAUAUGAAAAUAUUGCAAAAUGUAAGGUUGGAAUGAACUUAACCUACAAAAAAAUGCUGCAAAAAGUAAGGUUAGAAUGAAUCUAACCUAUAAAAAAUGAAUUUGAAGGUGGCCUGAUAGGAAAAAUCCAUUUAAACGAGGAUACUUUUGAAUUCUCCCCAUCAAAGAUAACAUUAUCAUUUUCAACCGCUUCUGAAGUGGCGGAGGUUUGACGGGUGUGGUCUGCUGAUUGAGACUCCUAAGCCUGCGAUCUCGAUAGGGAUAAAAGUGGUUAAAAAUGAAUGAAUGUGAGGUUAUUCCGAAGAUAACCUUCAAAUUUUGCAUUGAACUUUAGCAAUUACAGUGCUCGCUCUAUAAUCCGGAUCGGCGUAAUCCGGACGAGUUAUCGACCGACGGUUACAUUUAAAAUAAUUUUGAGGUUAUAUAUGCUUGUGUGUUCCAGUUCAGCAAUCAAAAUGAAUUAUCUUCUGAUAUUUUUGUUAAAUAAAUUAAGACUAAUAGCACAGAAUUCUCUAAUUACGUCUUUCUAAUCUUCUUUAAAACUUUUAUUCUAAUUCUACUAAAAAAAUUUGUAAUAUAUUUUCGAGAUGUUGAACAAAUUCAAAAAAUUCACCCGGAUAACGAAGCGGACAUCUCUCAUAUUGUCUCCUAAUCAUCCGAAUAACAAAGCGGAGCACUGUAUUUUUACAAAUUUAUCCAAUUAGCGAUUUUAAAUCAUUUCCAGAAAUUUUAAACUUGCUUUUUAUGAGAUCGUAGAAAAGUUAUUGAAUUCCAACCUUAAAAAUCUAACCUUUACAUUCGUUGCGUAAGAAGAAAAUUACAUCUUGGGCACGUCUCUAAUUCUAAUCUAAAAAAAAAGUAAU